UGUCCACAGAUUGUAGCCUGACAACGAGUAUGUACCGCUCCAGUGUCUCUCUGUUCACCCAUAGACAGACCAAUAUGGAGGGUCAUCAUCAUGUCGCGCUACAUGGAGCCUGUAUCGUUCUGGCCAUGGUCAGCCAGGUGCUCUCCGAGACUUUCUACUUUCUAGAAUUACGACCGAGCUCUGGCGGUCUGUUUACGAGCACUCUGGGUAAUGUCUCUGAGACUUUUCCUCUGGAGAUAACCAUGGACGGCUGGGCAGACAACACCUGGAUCAUGCUCUGCAUUUGGAACACUGCUUGGCUCAUACAUUCUCUCUUCACUGUGUUCCAGAGGAAUGUGUCUGGUCCAGUUUCCUGCAACCCUGAGAUUCACCCUCCAUCUUUCUAUCUCAUUUGGACAGUGAUCAAUAUAGCAAAAAUAAGUUGGCUGUUUCUCUGGGCCAGACAUUACCUGCUGCUAUCACUGUUUUUUAAAUGGGUUAUACCAGUUCAUUGCUUCCACAUGUUGUUUGUGUCCUAUCGAAACCUUCAACGCCAUAGUGCCUGGCUGGCCAUCAACAACCCCAGAGAACCCUGGUGGACCCGCUAUCUGACCCAGAAUGGAUUGGCGCUGUUUGGCUGGUGGACCCUUCUGGAGGCAUUAAUCAGUCUGGGAGUGGUGAUGCGAUACCAGGCUGGGGUGUCUGACUCUUUGGUUAGCUCCUUGGUCCUUACACUACUCCUUCUGGGGAUGCUCACCUGGUUUGUCUUUGAGAGUUUCAUCUUCUCCAAGUAUAUCCGCUACACAUUUACGGCCUACCCCGUGUUGAUUCUGGGCCUGGGUGCGAUGUUCUCCAGAGGAUAUCGUGUCCAUGACCUUCCACCUAACACAGUCUACUGCGGAUUUCUUAUGCUGGUGGCAACAGUCCUGAACUGUCUUCGUUUGAUUGCUACCUGCUUCUGCCCAGAUGACACAUUCCAGUGUUCGUCCAAGGAGCCUAACCUCAAACCCGACUUUUGCAAGACUGUACACCAAACCGAUAAAAAAGUCAACACAGGCGCUUUACAAACAGGCUUCAAUAAUCCUGUAUUUUAUAAUAACUAAGAAAAGAUCAUACAGUAUCCUUAAGGACAGAAAUGAUUCUGACAGAUGUGAUCACUCCCAAAGUAAAUUUCAUAUUUGGGGUGUGAAGAUAUUUGCAAUUUUUCUUGUUUUUUUUCAUUUCAAAACUGAUCAAUAACACUUUUUUAUAUUUGUAAUAGAUUUAUAAAGAAGAUUACACAAUGUACCUUAUUAAGUGUUACUUCAUCAAUUACAAAUCCAUUAGUAAGCAGCUACAUUGCAUCUGUCAAACACUGCAUUAACAAAUCAGUGCCCUCUUGAAAAAAAAACAUUUAAUACUUCACCAAUGCACUUAAAUUAUUUUAUAAGAUUAAUAACCCUUGUGUAACAUCAUCCAACCUUAUUUUCAAUUGUUGCACAGUUGAAUAUGAGUUCUCAUUUGUUUGUGAUGCAUUGGUGCUCCACUCCUGGAAAAGAAAACCUUGGGUUUUGACUGCACUACCAACUGAGUUGCACAAGACCUGUUAUAGUGGGUAACAAUUUGUCACCAAUCCAAUCAAUUCAUAUUAUUAAAGCACUGGAGAAUACAUCAAA